GUCAUUGCUCUCAACAGCUCUAAUUGAAGUGAUCAACCCUAUUAACAACAAAAGGGAGACAGUUAAAUGUCUUGUAGACAGUUGUUCACAGUCUAAUUAUCUAUCUCAUAAUUUGAGACAAAAACUAAAUCUUGAUUGUCAGCCUCUAACUGCCUCAAAUGUGACAGGAAUAGGAAAUACGCCUCUGACCUAUCAACCUGUGCUUUGUGCAGCUCAUAUUCAAUCUAAACUCAGUGAUUUUAAUGCCAAAAUUGACUUUCUAGUUUUAGAUCAAGUAACUAGUCGCUUUCCACAAAACUAUGUAGACAUUAGUCACCUUAACUUACCUGCCUCUGUGCAGCUUGCUGACCCAACAUUUAACGUUCCAUCCCAAAUAGAUAUGCUGUUGGGAGUGGAAAUGUUUUGGACUAUUGUGACAGGUGCUGCAAAAAGAUUGCCAACGAGCAAGCGCACAUUCCUAAUCCCAUCUAAACUAGGGUGGUUAAUAGCGGGACCGGUAGAGGGAGCCUCGGCUCAUUUACAUACAGGGAACACGCGCAGCCACCUCUGUCUCUCUGAUCUGUCGGCCCAAAUGACCAAAUUUUGGGAAACAGAGGAGCUACCGUCUGAAACGGACUCCAUCAAAAAUGGGAGUGAGUUCGAGUCUCACCCUAUAAACCAACACUUUGUUGAAAACACUUACCGCCAAUCUGACGGCAGAUUCGUUGUGCGCUUGCCUUUAAAGGACUCGCCGGACUGCUUAGGCAACUCAUUUAACAUAGCUAAAAAGCGCUUAUUCAGUUUAGAGAAACGUUUUAGUAACCAACCUGAAUUAAAAUCAAUGUAUGUUGAUUUCAUUAAUGAAUAUAGAGACUUAGGGCAUCUGUCGGAGUCUGAGCGAUGUUACAAAGCUAAUCACCUCCCGCAUCACCCCGUGAUGAAGGAGAGUGAAUCUACACGCAUGCGCACAGUCUUUCACGCUAGCUGUCCCACCUCUUCUGGGUAUUCAAUAAAUGAUAUUCAGCUUGUAGGCCCUAACAUACAAAGCCCACUGUUUGACAUAUUGCUUAGAUUCCGACAGUACAAGUAUGUGCUAUCUGGUGACAUAGAAAAACAGUACAGGCAAAUAAUGAUGAAUGAAAUAGAUAGAAACCUACAAGUUAUUCUAUGGCGCGAAGAUGAGCACUUACCCAUACGCUCACUAACUUUAAAUACCGUUACGUACGGCUUUGCUUCAUCGAGCUGGCUAGCAGCACGCUGUUUGUGGCAGUUAGGGGCUGAAAGCAAGGAUCCUUUAGUUAGGACUAUUAUACAAAAGGACUUUUACUGUGAUGACUUAUUAACAGGCGCAGACUCUGAAAUAGAGCUGCUUCGUAUACAAGCAGGUGUCUCACAGGCUUUAGCCUCUGGUUGUUUCAAUUUACGUAAAUACCGCUCGAAUUCUAACGGGCUAUUAAAGUCAGAUUAUAUUAAUAAAGAUGAUCACUUAGCAUUGAGUCAAGCUUGCCAAACACUUGGACUAGGGUGGCAACCUAGCCAAGAUGUACUAAACUUUUCCAUUAAAAAUGAUCAUGCUGAUAAAAUAGUUACAAAAAGAAAAAUCUUAUCUGAAACGUUCCAAGUCUUUGAUCCAUUAGGACUCUUAAGUCUAUGCACAGUUAAAGCUAAAAUAUUAAGCCCCGUGGGCCUAAAUUAACUGGUGCACUUUCAGCACAGGAGCUUAC